AUGGGAAAUUGCUUCUUACAGGAAGAAGAAAAGAAUUAGAAAUCUUCAAUAAAGAAAGUAGACAGCUUUCUUGCAUAAUAAAUGGAGAAAAAGAAUGAAAAGUCAAAAGUGACUUUGAAAGAUUUUUUAAGUCAAGGUGAAAUAGGACGAGUAAUUAAUAUGAUUGAUUGAAAUGCUAGGGUAAAUUUGGGAAGGUUUUGAGAGUGAAAAUGAAAGGGAAAGACAAUCGGGAAUAUGCAAUGAAAGUUAUUAAAAAGGCUGAUAUCUUAAAAUAUGGACUUGUGGAACAUACAAUGCUAGAAAAGAAUGUGCUGGGGGCAAGUAAGAAUCCAUUUGUUGUGAAAUUGAAAUACUCAUUUUAAACUGAGCAAAAGCUUUAUUUAGUGAUGGAGUAAAAUAUAUUUUAAUGAAGCUAAGAUUUAUUAAGGGUGGUUAAUUAGCUAAAGUGUUAAGAAAAAGAUAAUAGGGUACAUUUACAGAAGAAUAAACCAAAUUUUGUGCAGCUGAAAUAAUAUUAGGUUUGGAAUAUAUGCAUCACACUCUAAGAGUAAUAUAUCGAGAUUUGAAACCAGAGAAUGUGAUGGUGACUGAAGAAGGACAUUUAAAAUUGGCUGAUUUUGGUCUAUCCAAAUAAUAUGAAAAUGAAGAAGCUAAAUUCUUUACUGUAAUAUAGAUGUACUAAAAUAUAGCUUGCAGGCACACCUGAGUAUUUGGCUCCAGAGAUUUUAUUUAAUUAAGGCCAUAAUCACAUGGUUGACUUUUGGUGUUUAGGAAUUUUAAUAUAUGAGAUGUUAGUUGGUUAUACUCCAUUUUGUGAUGAUCAAGGAAAUCAUAAAACAAUAGAAAAUAAUAUCAGAAAUGGUUAGAUUAUAUAUCCAAAGUUCUUGAGUGAAUCAUCCAAAAACAUUGUGGAUAGAUUAUUGACUAAAGAUCCAACAUAAAGACUUGGUGCAAAAUCUAUUUAAGAAAUUAAGGAUCAUAAUUUCUUUCGUGAUAUUAAUUGGGAAUAGCUCUAUAAUUUAUAAAUCCCAUCUCCAAUAUUAGAAAACACUCAUGUCUAUGUAAAUAAAUAUAUUGAUAGUUAAUUUAGCCAUAGGUUAAGAAAGAUUAGUUUGGUAAAAGAAUCUAUGAAACACCAUCAUCGCAUUUUAUUGAAACUAACGGUGAUUUCAAUGGUUUCUCUGCAGCUUAAGAAUGA